UCUUUUAUUUUGUGUAGAGAACACGUAGCGACUCCGAAGAUCAGCCCCAGUGAACAUGAGAGUGUUGACUCUACAAGAAUAUGAAUUCGAAAAGCAGUUCAACGAGAAUGAAGCCAUCCAGUGGAUGCAGGAAAACUGGAAGAAAUCUUUCCUGUUUUCCGCUCUGUAUGCUGCCUUUGUCUUUGGUGGUCGGCACCUAAUGAACAAACGGGCGAAGUUUGAACUGAGGAAGCCAUUAGUGCUCUGGUCUCUGACCCUUGCAGUCUUCAGUAUAUUCGGUGCUCUUCGAACUGGUGCUUAAGUGGUGUACACUGUGAUGACGAAAGGCCUGAAGCAUUCAAUUUGUGACCAGGGUUUUUACAAUGGACCUGUCAGCAAAUUCUGGGCUUGUGCAUUUGUGCUAAGCAAAGCACCCGAACUAGGAGAUACAAUAUUCUUAUUCUGAGGAAGCAGAAGCUGAUCUUCCUGCACUGGUACCACCACAUCACUGUGCUGCUCUAUUCCUGGUACUCCUACAAGGACAUGGUUGCAGGCGGUGGUUGGUUCAUGACGAUGAACUUUAGCGUGCACUCUGUGAUGUACUAUUACUAUGCCUUGCGAGCGGCGGGCUUCCGCGUCUCCCGGAAGUUCGCCAUGUUCAUCACCUUGUCCCAGAUCAUUCAGAUGCUGAUAGGCUGUGUCAUUAACUACCUGGUCUUCCAGUGGAUGCAGCAUGAGCAGUGCCACUCCCACUUUCAGAACGUCUUCUGGUCCUCACUCAUGUACCUCAGCUACUUUGUGCUCUUCUGCCACUUCUUCUUUGAGGCCUACAUCGGCAGCAAGAUGAGGAAAGAGAGGAAGGCUGACUAGUGUCGGAGCUGAGGAGGAAGCCGUAGCUCAGGGUCAUCAAGAAAAACAGCAGACAAAAGAAAAUGGCACAAGGAAUCACAUAUGGUGCAGCUAAAACAAAACAAGACAUAUGAGCAAACACACAACCCGAGGCAGCUUAGGGAUAAUUAGGUUGACUUAACCCAGUAAGUUAGUGAUCCUUUUUGGGUGAGGACUCACUGAGUACACCUCCAUCUCAAAGGACUGCUGCUGGAAGACCCCAUUCCCUCUUUAUCUGUCAACUCUAGGACAAAUGAGAGCAAAGUGGGCCAGAGAGAAAGAGAGAGAGAAGGCAAACAAGCUAUUAACAGUAUAUGGAAAAAAUGAAAUUACUGUUAAAUUUCUCUAAGGAUCAAAGAAGUUUACUUAAAAACCACGUGAGCACAUACAUACAAUCCUUUCUAAUCUUUUUCGACACUAAACUGGAGCCAACAGAAAAAGUAAAAACAUAAGAGACAUGGGGUGUAUUAUCUAGAAUAACACUUUUGCAAAAUUGAAAGUACUUUUUAAGAAAGGUUACUGGUUGUAGCCCCCAUGAGAAAAGUUGUCUUAAUCACCUCCUGAGAAAACAGAUGAUAAACUAUAUUUCAACUAAGAGAAAGACUCGUUCCCCUUCAUAGCACAGCCUUAGUCUAGUGAGUUCACUAUAACAAAAUGAGGCACAAUAUUUUCCCAGGGCUCUCCCCGGGAGGAAGGAGGCAGUGCAGCCCGACUUCUCAAAGGGCAGCUCCGAUCUCAGCAUUUCUGAUAGUUUUUUCCUACCCCUUAAUGAGGUGGGACACAGCAUCCUUUGUUCAGUUGCCUUGGGCUUUCAAACAGAAGAAUAAAUAUAGAAUAGAAAACAGACAAAAAAAAAAGAA